AUGAAUUCUCAAGAAAUUUCUGAAUUUUUAAAUUCGAGUUUUGCAAGUUCACUUAAUGAUUUGUCUACUGAUCAAAACAGCGUAAUAUGCAGUACGCCUAUACCGAAUGACAUGAUCGACGAUUCUUCUGUUGUUUCGUUUCCUUCUACUUCUGGAUCUACGAUAAAUCAAUCUUUGAUUCAUCCAUUUAUGAGAAAUAAUUCUAAAAAUGCUGUUAAACGGAAAUUAACCCACGUUACUGGAGAAUAUAUUUUGGUGCCUCGUGAAGGAAAAAGUGACACGUGGAAAAAAUUCAAAAUGUUAUGCAAAUCGUUCAAAAUAUCGACAACCCUGAUGCUCCCGAACAAAUUUUAA